CCCCAAUCAAGUGAGAGAGAGAGAGAAAGUAGGAAGAGAAGAGAGAGAGAGAGAGAAAGAGAGGGAUCAUGAGGAGCUUCACUAUAAUAGCUCCUCGCCUCUCCUCUCUCCUCUCUAUAUAUACCCCCUCCCCUCCGCAUCCUCCUCAGCUCUCCUUUCUAUCCUCCUCUCUCAGCUUCCGCUCAUCGUCGCGAGUUUUCCGGGGGCGAUUCUGCAGCACUGGUUUUGCGCAAAAGGGUGUUUCGGGAUCGGCAUUUGCGCCGGUAGAAGAGGAGGAGGCGGAGGCGGAGGCGGCGGCGGAGGGAGAUCGAGAUCGAGAUCGAGAUCGAGAUCGAGAUCGAGGGGAGAUGACGAUCACGCCGUCGGUGAGGAUCUCGGAGGGGAAGCUGGUCGUCCGCGGCCGUCCGAUCCUGUCGGGCGUCGCCGAGAAUGCGGUGGCCAGCUCGGCCGCCAGCCACGGCCCCGUCGACGGCGUCUUCCUCGGCGCCGACUUCGCCCGCCCCGAUUCCCGCCACCUCCUCCCUCUCGGAUCUCUCAGCAACGUUCGAUUUUUGGCGUGUUUCCGGUUCAAACUAUGGUGGAUGGCCCAGAAAAUGGGGGAUCAAGCGAGUGAGAUCCCCCACGAGACACAAUUCCUAUUGCUGGAAUCCAAAUUCGGCGCCGAAGAGCCCAUCUACGCCGUAUUCCUCCCACUCAUUGCAGGGCCCUUCAGGGCCUGCUUGCAGGGCAACUCCCAGAACCAGCUGGAGCUCUGCCUUGAGAGCGGCGACGCCGGCACGGUCGCCGCCGCCUUCUCCCACGCCCUCUUUGUUGGCGCCGCCGCGUCGGACCCCUUCGCGGCCGUGUCGGGGGCUGUCGCCGCCGUCAAGUCGCACCUCAAAACGUUCCGCCUCCGCAGCGAGAAGAAGCUCCCCGGCAUCGUCGACUACUUCGGCUGGUGCACCUGGGACGCAUUCUAUCAGGAUGUCAACCAAGAAGGUGUCGAGGCCGGCCUCCGCAGCCUCACGGCCGGCGGUGCGCCGCCCAAGUUCGUCAUCAUCGACGACGGGUGGCAAUCCGUCGCCGCCGACCAUGGUGAGAAAACUCAUCCCCUCCCCCGUCUCACCGGAAUCAAAGAAAACGCCAAGUUCCAGAACAAAGAAGAUCCUUCCGCCGGCAUCGAAUCGAUCGUCCGGACGGCGAAGGAGCUCUACGGCCUAAAGUACGUCUACGUGUGGCAUGCGAUCACCGGAUACUGGGGCGGCGUCAGGCCGGGUGCCGAGGGGAUGGAGGAGUAUGGAUCCGAAAUGCAGUACCCAAAGAUCUCCCCCGGUGUCGCCGAGAACGAGCCAUCGAUGGCGACCGACGUGUUGACGACGCAGGGGCUAGGGUUGGUGAACCCCAAGAGUGUGUUCCAGUUCUACAACGAGCUCCACGCCUAUUUAGCGUCGGCGGGGAUCGACGGUGUCAAGGUCGACGUGCAGUGCAUUUUGGAGACGCUCGGAGGCGGCCUCGGGGGCCGGGUGCAGCUCACGCGGCACUAUCACCACGCUCUCGACGCGUCGGUCACGAAGAACUUCCCUGACAACGGGAUCAUAGCUUGCAUGAGCCAUAACACCGACGCGCUCUACUGCGCGAAGCAGACGGCGGUGGUGCGAGCGUCGGACGACUUCUUCCCGCGAGACCCGGUAUCUCACACUAUUCACAUAGCAUCAGUGGCUUACAACAGUGUUUUCCUCGGUGAGUUCAUGCUUCCUGAUUGGGACAUGUUCCACUCUCUCCACCCCGCCGCCGAAUACCACGCGUCGGCGCGAGCGAUAAGCGGCGGGCCUAUCUAUGUUAGUGAUGCCCCCGGAAAGCACAAUUUCGAGCUUCUGAGAAAGCUAGUGCUGCCCGACGGUUCCAUUCUUCGCGCGCAGUUGCCCGGCCGUCCGACUCGCGAUUGCCUCUUCACCGAUCCGGCUCGUGACGGCAUUAGCUUGCUGAAGAUCUGGAACAUGAACAAAUUCGCCGGCGUCGUCGGGGUCUACAACUGCCAAGGUGCGGCGUGGAGCUCAACCGAGAAGAAGAACGUGUUCCACCACACGGGAGCGGAGGCUCUGACCGGCGUGGUCAGAGGAAACGACGUCCAUCUAAUCGCCGAAGCCGCUGCCGACCCCGAUUGGAAGGGCGACUGCGCCGUCUACAGCCACCGCAGCGGCGACCUCGUCGUCCUUCCACCCGAGGCGGCAUUGCCCGUCUCCUUAAAGGUCUUAGAGCACGACAUAUUCACAGUUUCCCCGAUCAAGGAACUGGCGCCAGGAUUUCGAUUCGCGCCGCUAGGGCUAAUCGACAUGUUCAAUGCUGGCGGGGCAGUGGAAGGCCUCACAUACCAUAUUCUGAAUGGAAUCAGAUUGUUGGAGCUCGAUUCGAGCUUCGUGGGCGCUGCAGUAAACGGCGAUUCGACGCAUUCAUCAGAGAUCAGCAGGAUUGAAUCGGUCGGUAUUGUUUGCAUUGAAGUGAGGGGCUGCGGGAGGUUCGGCGCGUACUCAUCGGUUAGGCCGAGGAAAUGCACGGUGGGCUCGGUCGAAGUCGAGUUCUCUUACGAUUCAGCGUCAGGUUUACUGGUGCUGCAGUUAGAUAGCAUGCCAAAGGAAAGAGUUCACAAAGUAGUGGUUGAAUUGUAGGUUUAUAAUUAUUUUUGUUGUUGUUGUUGUUGUUGUUGUUGUUGUUGUUAUUUGUUAUUUGCAAUUGUAGGCAGGUAGGUGUACAUGUCAUUGGAUUGGCAUGGGAAAGAAAGGGUUGGGUGAUUUGUUCAGGGGUUAAUUGUUGUUGUAUGAUAAGUUGUUACCUCCAUUCUUAUUGAUUAAUCAAUUGAGAUUGGAUAUUUAUAUAUA